AUGGCGCCGUCAACACUCGACCUGUUUAUGCUCACGUUCAACUGCGCAAAGAACCUCAUCAAUGUUGCCGUCUUUGCCUCGCAUCUGCACAGCGCCCUGUCGCAAAACGCCACGGGCCUGCCUGACAUUGUCGUCUUCUCGCUCCAGGAGGUAGCCCCCAUCUCGUACGCAUUCAUCGGGUCAUACUUGCUGGACCCCUUCUACGCUCGCUACGAAGAGGCGCUCAACCUCGCCUCGGCAAGGAUACUAGGAACGAGCUUGUCCGGGGAGGGGACGAGCUUCUUGUCGGGAUUGCAUCAUAGGCAGGAGGAGCUGCAUGGGAACGGAGGGGCGCCGGGGGCAACGCCCCGGAAAGCGCCUUACACGCUAGUGCGCGCUAAGAACGUCGGCAUGACGGCGAUCCUGCUGUUCGCCCGGGACGUGGAGGCCUUCCAGCGAAUCGACGAGGCCGAGUGCGGGUUUGGCGCCGCAGACAUGGGAAACAAGGGCGCCGUCGGUCUGCGCGUGACGUGGGGCAGCGGCGGCAGCUCCCCGAAAACCGCCGAGCUCACUUUCGUCGCCGCCCAUCUGGCCGCCAUGGAGUGGAACCUCAAGAAGCGCAACGCCAACUGGGGCAGAAUCAUGUCGGGCCUGCUCUUUGGCAACCCCAAGGACGCGCUGCCAGACGUUGUGUUCCCUGCCCACAAGGGAGGCCCAACCCCCGACCUGACGGGCGACGGCGAGGGGAACAUGCGCGUCUUGCCCUCGGAGGAAGCCCCGAACACCGACAACAGCGUCGAUAGCAGCGAGGCCGAAGAGGAUGAUUCGCAGCAACCGCUUCUUCCGUUGCCCCACCACGACGAUAUACACGCCCAGUUAGCCCCUGAGCACCAUGAACGGCUGCAGGACCUCUCCGUCUUCAAGCCCUCUUCGUACUUGUUCCUGGCGGGCGACCUUAACUACCGCAUCAGCACCACGACUCCGCCGCCUGGCUCCGCCUUCCCAUCAUUCGACCCAGAGUCGCCCGACUACUUCCCGGAUUUCCUCCAGCGCGACCAGCUCACACAGGAGCGCCUCGCCGGCCGCGCCUUCCACGGUUUGAGCGAGACCCCGAUCACCUUUGGGCCCACGUACAAGUUCAACGUGCAGAACGAGGCCGCAGGCGCCACCAACGAGGCGGCCGUCCGCGCCGGCGCCGCCCCGAACGGCGUGCCCGAGGUGCCGUGGCGCUUCGCCGCACACCGCUGGCCCGGCUGGUGCGACCGCGUGCUGUACCUGGACGUGCCCAAAUGGGUGGCGGCGCAGGACGGCGCUGCCGAGAAACCGGCCAUCGCCGUCCGCGCCUACGACGCCCUCCCCGUCUUGCGCUCCAGCGACCACCGCCCCGUCUUCUGGCGCGCCUCCGUCCCCCUCCUCGGUCCCGAUGCCCUGCGCCUCCCGGAGCGCGACCAGGCCAAGUACGCAGCCGAUCCUCGUGCUAACCUUCCCGUCCCCAUCGACGUGCACGCCUGGGAACGCCGCGCCGCCGCCCGCCGCAGGGAAAUCUUUGUCGGCUGGUCGGCCUUCGUGUGGAGCACUUCUGAGGGCGCCCUCCUCCUCGCGACGCUGGUGGCCCUGGGUGUCGGCGCCUGGUGGUGGUUUUCGAGGGGCUGA